UACAGGGCUAUAAAACAGUUGACAGAGUUCUUUCACUUUCGCAUUCUUUGUCUCGUAUGAGGAAACUACCCUCGGAGCUGGAAACCGCCGUCGUUGUUUAGGGAAAUAUUAACACCUGCUGUAAGAUUAAAGUUGUAAUAGAUUAUAAUUUUCUGGUAGAAAACAUCAUGGCUCUCGUUGAAGUGAGCGGAUUGAAACCUUUCACCGAACCCAGUGAGCAGAUUUUCGGAACCAGACAGACGAGCCUCGUCGACCGACCCAAUCAUUACAGUUUUGGAACCUCAGUGCAAGAAUUUGCUGUUCCGGUGGGAGAAGAGCCUGCAGGUUUCCUGGAGUCCUGCAACAGGGAGGGAGGGGUGAGCAUCGACAUGAACCACGGGACCACCACCCUGGCCUUCAAGUUCAGGCAUGGAGUCAUCGUUGCUGUGGACUCCAGAGCUUCAGCCGGACGCUACCUGGCAUCCAAUGAUGUCAACAAGGUGAUUGAGAUCAACCCGUAUCUGCUGGGCACCAUGUCAGGGAGCGCUGCGGACUGUCAGUACUGGGAGAGACUCCUCGCCAAAGAAUGCAGGCUGUACAGGCUGAGGAACAACCAUCGGAUCUCUGUAGCUGCUGCUUCUAAGCUGUUAUGCAACAUGAUGCUGGGCUAUAGGGGCAUGGGCCUUUCUGUGGGGAGUAUGAUCUGUGGCUGGGACAAAGAGGGCCCUGGUCUGUACUAUGUGGAUGACAAUGGGACUCGCCUGUCUGGUCGGAUGUUCUCCACUGGUUGUGGAAACGGUUACGCCUACGGAGUGGUGGACAGCGGUUACAGGGAAGACAUGACAGUGGAGGAGGCGUACGAACUGGGCUGUCGGGGCAUCGCUCAUGCUACUCACAGAGAUGCUUACUCUGGUGGAGUGGUAAACAUGUACCACAUGCGGGAGGAUGGUUGGAUCAAAGUGUGUAAAGAGGACGUCUCUCAGCUGAUCCAUCAUUAUAAAGAGGGAAUGUUCUGAGUUAAGCUCUUAGAGCCCAUAUCAACUUUGACACCUUGUUGAAUAAUACUGAUUCAGUGUAACAAUGUAAUGUAAAACUUUAAUAUGAUCUAACAAAUUAAAGGCUUUGCGAUCUAAUGUUGUUAAGCAAUGAUAUUUUGUGAGUUUUAGAAGAUGCAAUAAAUAAACUCAACUCUAAA